AGCCUGGAUCUCCCACAUAGUGACUACACAAUGUCUCAGCAUUUUUAAAACGUUUAUCUUCUGCUUUAUCAAUGGUAUUUGUGACACUCUUGUCGAAAAUACAGUGUCUGACUUUCUACUGAUAACUGUCAGAGACCAGUUUGAAACUUCUAUAAUUGACUCCUGAAUGUAUCCUACAAUAUACCUAUCCUUAUCCCGAAUUGCUCCAAUAUCUGCAAACCAUGAUGUACCAAUAUCUGAACCCUUUCUCUGUAUAUAUUUCUAUCAUAAUUAGAAACAAAAGAAGGGGUUUCUUUCUCGAUCGAUCUUUCUCUAUCUCAGAUAGAAACAGGUGUAUAUUUAUGCUUUUGUGUGGCUAUUAUAGAAACAAUAUUUUGGCAUUCAGCAUUUUUUUAAAGCAAUUACAUUGUAAUGAAACAUAAGACCAUUUUGUCUCGGGGAAUCACGUGACAAUCCCGGGUUUUUUCCCCAACUUUAGUUGACGUGACUUCUUUUUUUACAGCUCUGGAUACCCGUUUGGGAGAUCCCGGGACAUUCUGCACCGGAAGUUCAAGUCAGUAUGCUCCGUGAACCGAAACAGAGCCACACAGCCAAACGGAGUGGGAUACCACACAACAACAUCGGUACACGGUGUCGUUUUUACAGCAUAGAUGCGCCCCUGGGCAGCUAAACAUGUACUCCUAAAUGUGAAAUCAUUAUUAAGCUGGUGGGAGUUUUCACGGAGUUGAAAGCAGACGCUACUUUCUUCAUUUGCAAGCAAAACGUGUUGUUCAAGGGGACAUACAUGAAGCGGCAUUACAUCGCAAAACACGCGGGGGAUCAUGAUCAAUACAAGGGACAGGAAGACCGUGCCCGAUGAACUUCAUGCGGACUUCAACCGCACCGAAAGGACGUCAGGAAGAGAAUCAGAAGCCGUACUGAAAAAAAUCCCCUCCCAGUCAUGCCAAGUCUAAAGCUGAUUUCUGCGACUGACACGCAGUACCCAGUGGCCGUGCUCAACUCAAUGAACGUGCAGCGAAAUCAUGGAUUAUUUUGUGAUGUCACCAUCAUCAUCCAGGACAGGAAAUUCAGAGCUCACAAAACAAUCCUGUCCGCUUCAAGUACAUAUUUCCACCAGCUCUUCAGUGUGGCCGGACAAGUGAUCGAGUUGAACUUCAUCAAAGCGGAGAUUUUUGAGGAGAUUCUGAAUUACAUUUACAGCUCCAAGAUUUACCGCGUCCGCUCCGACAUGCUUGAGGAGCUGAUCAAUGCGGGACAGAUACUGGGAGUCAAGUUCAUUGCAAAUUUAGGGUCACCAUUAUCACAUGUGAAGGGUCUGCCCGGGUUGUCAAAGGAGACGGAGACGGAGAGCAAAAGUGACGCUCCCGCAGAGGCAAUGCCCAUCAUCGCGGAGUCAUUCUCGAUAUCUGCAGAGGAAUUCAAUCAGACGAGCAAGGCCACCAGCGACUCUGACUCGGAGAGCGAAGUUCUGUUCGUCUCACAGACGGACGCGAAAACCAGUGCAGCCAAGCAGGCGGCCAAAUCCGGCGAGGUCAUUGAUUUGGAGGCGGCCGAUUUGGGAAAGGCGGCACCAAAGCAAAAUGAAGACUCGAAUCAUACGGUUGCAAAACAGAAGGAGACCACCUUGAAAAUGAGUCCAGCAAAGCCUCCCAGCGUAAGCUGUCCGGUCCCCAGUGUCCCCGACGGCGGCCCCCUGCUCAGUCCAGACAGCGGCUCCGAUAAGCCGGCGUCCCCCGCCAGAGUUCCCUCAAGAAGUGCUCCGACGACGCCAGCCAGGUCCGUCAAUGUCACCCCCGAGCCCCCAAGUGCCUCUCAGUCCUCGGAAAACAGCGGCACGACGGGAGUCCACCAGAAGCAAGUCGUCGCCUCGUCUCAGCACGGGGAUUCCAAAAUAAAGCUCCUCGAUAAAGCGAAUCUAACCAACAGUCCCAAGUUGACCGUCGCCGCGAAAAAGACCGUGACGCUCAACACGACCACCGAGAUCGAUUCGAUUUCGUCGGGCUGCAAGGUGUACGCAAACAUCGGCGAAAACACGUACGACAUCGUCCCGUUGAAGGAGGAUCCGGGCGAAGGGGGCUCCAAGGCCAACAAAGGGAAGAGGCACUUAAUGGCCACGCCCUUGAAACCCCUGGAUAAAGCCCUCACCCUGCCGACGGGCGGCUCAAACAAGAAGAAGCCCAAAACGGAGCUCGAGGACCACUACGAGCUCGUCAUGGACGGGAAGACCUUCUACGUCUGCGUCGUGUGCAAGCGCCCCUACGUGUGUCUGACGAGUCUCCGCCGGCACUUCAACACCCACUCGUGGGAAAAGCAGUACCCGUGCCACUACUGCGACAAGGUCUUUGCGCUGGCCGAGUACAGAACUAAACACGAAAUCCACCACACGGGGGAGCGGCGGUACCAGUGCUUGGUGUGCAACGAGACGUUCCUCAACUACCAGAUUCUGGCGACCCACUGCAAGCAAGCCCACAACCAGGACCCCAGCGGGAGGAAGGAGAAGGACGAGAAGGACAACAACCUGUACCGGCUGCUGCCGUGUAAGACGGUGGAGAUGAAGCCGUACUCGUGGAGCGCCGACGGGCCGGGGGUCCCCGUCAUAUCGGAGGACGGCAGCGUCCACCACAUCGCCGCCGGCGCCACGGGCGGGGACGUCCGCGCCUCCACCCAGAGCCGGAUGCUGAACUGGGACGACAUCUUCGUCGAGCCGGACGCUCACAUGCCGCCCGAUUCCCGCGGGCGCCAGGCCGUCAACAAUCCUCGACCGGGAGCCACGGAGUUUGACUUUAUUAUACCGGAGACCUACUGAGCAGCGCUGGAUGCUCCAGUACCUGUGCCUUCUGUGGUGCCCUCCCUGCCUCACCUCUCUGUUCCACGUCAACAAUCCUUCCUAGUUCCUUCUAAAAUCACUUUUUCAGGUGCAGCAUUUUACUAAACUUGGUGAUGGUAAACGCUUGAAUAACGUCUGAGUCUAGCGAAGAAGGUUAGAGAUUGCUUGUAAUCUCUUAGUGUUUUCUUGGUAGAAAUCGGAGAAGGGGGGUGCGAGUAGCGUAAAGUGACCAGUCCACUUGUGUCACUCCGCUUGUGCUCUUUUGUAUCAUUGGAAGAAAUGAUAAGUCACCUUUUGGAAGAAGUUGUGGCCUCGCAGUAAAAUGGCAAAGGUAACCAGUAGUUUAUGUGGAUGAUAAAAGUUUAAUUCAAGAAGACUCCCAAGCUGUAAUAAAACAACAAUCGUGUUCAUUAUCUUUCACUGCGUCAGGCAAGUUAUAUCUAUUUAAACUUUACUUUUAUCAAACACAUGAAAUUAGGCUUCUCUAUGAAGCGGAGGAUUGAACCAUUUUCAUUCAGGAUACAUCAUAAUACACUUUCUGGUUUCAACAGAUUUUUAUCAAAUACAGGAUAUAAAUGAUAUUAUGAAACCAGGGUUGCUUUUAUUUUGAAUCUAUUCUUACUGGAUGCACCAACCAUCAGAUGGGAGUUAAAUUUAACAGUGUUUAUGAACUGACAAUGACCUGUUCUAAUUUCAGACUCCUAAACCUGAUUUUGUGGGGGAGAAUAUUAAUUAUGAUGGAAAGUAAAACAUUUCCAUUGUGUGAUUGCACAUCUGGCCAUUGUGGAAGGGAAGAUAUACGAUAACUAUUUCAUUUCUGAGUGUUUAAAAAAAGUUUAUUUUCAUUUGCUUGUACAUUCUUUUAUUUCUGUUACUUUUGAUAUGUUUUUAAUAUAUAUUUUAAACCUACGUGGAGCAGGCUAGAGACAAGUGCAUCCAUGUGACCAUAGGAUUGACAUCGAUGGAGCAUUGUUUGUCUGUACGUAAAGCACUUGAUGUUGAAUUAGGAAGAAGAUUUUCUGUAUUUUUACAUUUUUUACUCUUGUUUUUAUAUUGUAUCAAACUAGUAAUUGGUUGGUAUGAGUAAAAAAAAAAAGCAGUGCUAAUAUGGGAAUCAAUAAAAAAAAUGUGAGAUUUGUUUGUUAUUUUAACAGAUUACCAUGUUUGCUAUUUGUUUUAACCCACUUCUUUUCCUGUCUCAGAUGUAUUUAUUAGGGUGAUAGUCAUAUACAAUAUGAAAUAGUUUUAUGAAAUACUGUUUUGUUGAUGUUUAAGUAAAUGUUCCCUUUAAUUAGCAACAAGAUUCCUUGAUGGUAAAUAAAUUAUUCUUUUACUAUUUCUA